AACAGAGCAUGCUUUCAUCCCUUCAUGCAUUGUCGUAACUCCCAUGACGACUCUUAAAAGGGUGCCUCAGCUAGUCAGGGAAACAGUUGCCGACCAAAAGCGAUACAGCCUACUUGAUUCAGCUUUCUUGAAUGCCUAAUUAUUUCAACUUUCUAUCGGCCUGACCAAACGGGACCAUGUCUACCUUUGGCUACAGAAGAGAGCUUAGUAAAUACGAAUCCAUUGAUGAAGAUGAACUCCUUGCUUCUCUGACUGACGAGGAGCUAAAGGAGCUGGAGAGGGAGCUUGAAGAUAUUGAGCCCGACCGUAACCUUCCAGUGGGGCAAAGACAAAAGAAUCUAACAGAGAAAACUCCUACAGGAACUUUCAGCAGGGAAGCGUUGAUGGCCUAUUGGGAAAGAGAGACCAGAAAACUCCUAGAAAAAGAAAGGUUGGGGACAUGUGAAAAGGAUUCAAAGCAAGAAGAUGACAAUUCAGAAGAUACUGAGGAAGAAUAUUUCACAGGAACUAACAGUGAAAUUUCCGAGGAGGCAUACACUGAAGAGGAGGAGGAAGAAGAAAAAGAGAAAGCAGAAGGAAAAGAAGAAGUAGAAGAAGAAGAAGGAGAAGAAAGUGAUGAAGAUGACUCAGAACAAAAGGAAAAUGCUGCAAUUUGUGAAAGGACUGUGACUUGUGAAAGUGACAGGAGUUCUGACCACUCGAAACGCAAGAAAUGCAACAUCCAGAAGGAAAACGAAAAUGUCAUGAAUGGCGAUGGUGGCAAAGACACAGAAGACAUGAGCUUUAAAAUGGGUGCCAUCCACCCUUGUGGAAACCCAACCGUUAUUGAUGAUGCUUUGGAAAAAGUUAGGAACAAUGACCCUGACACCACUGAAGUCAACUUAAAUAACAUUGAAAACAUCACCAUACAGAUGCUGACACAUUUUGCUCAAGCCCUCAAGAACAACACAGUGGUUAAGAUGUUCAGUCUAGCCAAUACUCAUGCUGAUGAUAGUGCGGCAAUUGCUAUUGCUGGGAUGUUAAAAGUGAAUCAGUAUAUAACGAGUCUGAACAUUGAUUCAAAUUUUAUCACAGGCAAAGGGAUAUUGGCCAUUAUGAGAGCUUUGCAGCAUAACAAGGUUUUAACAGAACUACGAUUCCACAACCAACGGCAUAUCAUGGGCAGUCAGGUUGAAAUGGACAUAGCUAAACUGUUGAAAGACAAUACCACGCUGGUGAAGCUAGGGUACCACUUUGAGCUUGCUGGACCAAGAAUGAGCAUGACAAGUAUCCUCACAAGAAACAUGGAUAAACAAAGGCAAAAACGUAUGCAGGAGCAAAAACAGCAAGAGUCUGGUUGUGAUGGAGCAAUCAAUCCAAAGACCAAAGCCUUGCAGAAAGGAACUCCUGGGUCUUCACCUUACGCAUCGCCUAAGAGCUCACCUUGGUCCUCUCCAAAACUCCCUAAGAAAGCUCAGCCUGUCAAAAUCCAGCCUCCAGCUCCGCCUUCACCUCCUCCUCCCCCUCCCCCACCACCUCCCCCACCUCCACCCGUUGUUCCAGAGAAAAAGGCGCCAACAAGGAAUAUAGCUGAAGUCAUCAAACAACAGGAGAGCUCCAAGAAUGCCUUACAAAAUGGACACAAAAAGAAAAAAGGAAAAAAAACCAAAAAGCAUGAGAAUAGCAUAUUGAAAGAAAUUAAAAAUUCCUUAAGAUCAGUCUCAGACAAGAAAUCAGAAGAAGGAUCGCGACCCUCUACCCGACCCUCCACCCCACAAAUGUCUCUUCAUGAUAGCCUUAUGGAAGCAAUUCGGGGAAGCAGCAUAAAACAGUUAAAGCAGGUGGAAGUUCCAGAAGCUCUUCGAUGAAAGCAUGCAAUAUAGAAGAACCAAAGCUCUACAGUGGUCAAGGGAAGGUUACUGAGUUAUUCAAUGAUGGUAAAUAGACUAUAUUGUGAGCUGCUUCCAAAGAGAUAGACCUAUUAAACAUUAACCAACGCUUUAAGAAUGCAUAAGCCUUGUAAUCUGUAAAUAUGAAAAUAAACAUCUUUUUUUAUUUAAUGAGAUUUCUAUUGGAGAAAUAGCAGUUUAUUUAGAUAUUCUUUUCAAUAUCUGAGUGAUUGCACAUCACUGGACAUGUUCUUUACAUUGAGAUGUAAUUGUUUAGUGAUCUGUGUUUUUUUUUCUUUUUUCAUGAAUUUACAAUAAAUGUGGUUUGAAGUUUUUAAGCAACCAAAA